AUGACGGGACGCUCGUACGACAGUAUUGCUAGUGAAAGGAGACUGCGGAGGAACAGAGUGACUGAUGCGGAUUUGUUCAACUACUGCCUCAGAGUUGCCUAUCUGUCCUUCUUGCUCGCACCUCGCGCUCCGCAAGCACCAGCAGCGUCGGCCCUCAAUGGCGACGCACGAGACUCUCGCGACUAUCAAUCGCGACUAUCAAGCAUAACUAAUUCAUUUGCGGCGUUUGGAGAGCUGAUCAAAGACAUGAGUGGCCGCGAAGGCUCAAAACAAGUCAAGUUUCCAGAGAAACUGCUGAAAGUGCUCGACCAGAGGAUGCAGGACAUUGCUAUGGGAAGAGAUCAAACGUACCACGACCUCAUCACACGUCGAACGAUUGCCAAAUUCUGGGGGACCUUCAAAGAUCCAACGUUUCAUCGACAAAUGGAACGCAAUAGAAAGGUCGAAGAGCUCAUCCUCAAUUUUGUCACAACAGCGAGUGCUUCGCUGCGUCAAGACCCUCAAUUGGCCUCUAAUGACAGCUGGAAAUUGGAGCUAAACAACCAAAUUGCGUACUUUACUCGUAUCGUGCGAGACGCUCUAAAGAAUGUGAGCCAUGUCCCGCCAGAACUCACACAGCGAGUGGAUAUGUACGUAUCGAAGCUCGUACCAUCUUCUGGUGGUCUUCCACAAAGUUCAGAUGCCGGCAAACAAGAAAUGGCACCUCCUCCCGCCGCUACGUUGGCCGACAUGGUCCUUGUCCGAGUAGCUGCUCUUAUUGACCUGAAAAUGUGUUUGCAAAACAUCAAUGCUGGUCUCCCAUUCCCGGGUCGUCGUGAGGACUUCCCCGACGAGACAUCGUUCCAACACUGGAAAUCACUCGAACAGACACAUCUCUCUCAACUGAUGGUAGUCAUGGUCCAGUUCAAUCCUGAGCUUGCAAAGUCAUCCUCCUCGGAAGCAUAUGCUGGAUCUAGACCAGAGUCACUUUAUUCGAAUAGGCUAUCCGUGGUCAGUAGUCGACAAUCUGUUGUCCUACCAGACGGUGAUCUCCCAGAUUCCAUGGGGGAUGAAGGGGGCAACCAGGGGUUUACUUACAUUCCGCCGAAUCCAAAAAGAUUCUAUAAGAAGCUGAUUGAAAGGUGCAUCGAAUACGAUCUAAGGGCCAUGCAUACCCUCCCGGAGGACCAAGAGGUUCCCCUUGGGAUUCUCUCAACCUCUCACUUGGAUAUAAUCAACGAGUGCGCGCUUAGAUGGCGAAUAAUGCAAUCUUACCGAGUCACUUGCUUCUUGGACGUGAUCAAGUACAAGUACGAGAGGGAGGAGGUACCACUGGAGUGUAUACCCGAGGCACUUCAGCACGUGGAAAAGGAAUUUGAACCAGAAAGAUGGCCUGUUCCAGACAGAGAGUACCUUGGAACCGUGGCAAGUUCCAUAUUCAACAUAUUCCUGGCUGCCUUAUAUCACACGUUCGAGCAACUUCCAAAUCUCAAACGCAAAGCAAUAUCGCCUUUCCUUGGCAUUCUCGAACGCGUCAAAGGCACUGGUGUCCUCGAAAUGUAUGAGAUCGAUGUCUCGGCAAGGAUGCGAGAGCUCUCCGAUAGGAUCCGAAUCCUAGCAAUGCAUCAUUAUACCGACAAAAGCUCGGGGAUUCUUACGGACCCCGGAGUGAAUCGAGCUCUGCCAUUUAUUCUGCUCAGCGAGGGUCUAGAAGAGGUGGCAAGUAAAUUGGAUCAAACUUUCAAGCAGCCACUACUUGGAGAGAUCGAUAUCGUCGGCUUAUUCGUAGAGACACAGGUGCCAUUAUAUCUUACGGACCUCGAAGAAUCCAGGAGACGCCUGCUUGAGAGCUCUGCAACCACACCAGCCCCAGAGACCCCGAUCGAGGAUAUAUUUACCCUUUACAAGGCUACCAAGUCUCUGAUGGAUCUUAUGACUCUUUAUGCCCCAAAUGUGGAGAAACAGUUUGAUUUGGGAUCCUUCUUCGAGCCAUAUGUGCGACAAUGGCUCCUCGAUACGGACUCGAAAACAGCCCAAUGGGUCCAAUCGGCUGUUACCGUUGACGACUUUGAACCCAAGGGGGCUGAACGUCACAGCUCUUCCGUUGUGGACCUCUUUUACUCUUUGGAUACACCGAUAAACUUUUUGAUGGACCUUCAAUGGCCAAACGCAUACCAGGAAGCACGUUUCUGCACCACCUUGGCCAAAACCGUUAGCAAACUUAUGGAACAGUAUUGUCGCAGCGUGGAGGAAACCUUCAUGGAAGAAAUGUUUCCGCGAACCGCGGAUCCGUAUCUCCAACCUCAGCGGCAAUCUGCUUGGCUGGAGAAAGCAAAGCAAAGCAUACAAGGGGAUAAGAAGGUCGAACCGUUCAAUUUCAAGCCCGAGUCUUGCGUGAAACUUAACAAUAUUGGUGCAGCAAGAGGGCUGUUAGACAAGAUCUAUACUCGCCUUCGUGCAGACGAGAUGUCGAGGAUCAUGAAAGAGGAAGCACCAGCGGUUCCAUCCAAAGAAACGAUUCGCAAUCUCUUCACAGUCAAGAUUGUCAUGGCUGAAGGACUUGGUAACUCGGAUAAUCGAGUCAUGGAUACAUUUGCAACUUUGAGUGACGAACAUGGGCAUCGUCUCGCGAAAACGCGUACGAUAUACGAGACGACUGAUCCGCGAUGGGAAGAAACUUUCGAUAUCUCGGUCGAUAACCCCCUGUGGCUUAUGAUUAGCGUUCGAGAUCGGUCGCUCAUCGGAAAGCAUGACAUUGUCGCUCGCAAUUACAUCUGCCUUGAUCCCCGACGAUACGGGGACUUUCUCGCUCAUGAUCUCUGGCUCGACCUGGACCCACAAGGCAGGAUCUUGUUAAGAAUCAGUAUGGAAGGAGAGCAGGAUGAUAUCCUCUUCUUCUUUGGAAGAGCAUUCCGGUCACUCAAGCGAACAGAGAGCGAUAUGGUCCGCAUUUUCAUCGACAAGAUGUCACCAUUGUUUAGAGAGGUCCUCUCGAGGACUACCCUCAAGCGUCUCAGUAAAGUGGGGGGAUUGGACUACAACAAGGCAAUCGGGAAUGUCACAGCCUUAUUUGGCUCGUUGACCGCAGGAUCCUCGUCCGAAGUGCAGAUUCCACUACCUCAGCACGAGAAGCCACGCAUCAAGCCUGAGAGUGGGGUGUCCGACGAGGAAGUCGAGGCGGCUAUGGGACCACUCUACGAUUACCUGAACGAUAAUUUGCAAAUCCUCAAUACCAACCUAAGUGACGCGGCCAGGGAGACAGUGAUGAACAAGAUUUGGAAGGAGAUUCUCCUCAUCAUUGAAGGAUUACUUGUUCCGUCGCUGGGGGACACCCCGUCGACGAUGAAACCACUUCACGACAAGGAGCUGGAUAUCGUAUUCAAAUGGCUCCGGUCACUGUUGAACUUCUUCUACGCUGAAGGAGAAGGAAUGAGCAUGGAGUCACUACAGAAUCCAAAGUACCGAGAAAUAAUGUCGUUGCGUCUGUACUACGACUGGCAUACCGAUCAGCUGAUGGAGGAGGCGGUACGAAUGAUGCAAGCUCAGCUUCGAAGUGCACCCACUAUGAAAAAGAGGGCGAAAUCUGUGUAUUCCCAACGGAGCUUGGGGACGAUCAAAGAUCGCAAGCGAGAGAAGAGGCGAGAUAAACAAGGUGAUAAUACGGCAGAGCCAAUUUUAAAGAUCCUGAGGAUGAGGCCUAACACCACAGAUUUUCUGCAGCAGCAAGUAGACAUAAUGCAGAAAAUCCAGGCAGAAAAGCACCAGCAGCAUCCGAGAGGUCACGCGGUUCCUCCUUUGCCUCAAUGA